UAACUAGUAACUAAACAGGUCGAACAGAUCAAAGAGCAGGAGAAUAUAGAGUAGAUGAUUUGUUUCUUUGCUUCUAUUAAGAGUUAGAGAUAUUAGGUGCAUGAAUAUUUCAUUUUUACUGUAGAAUAGGAAAUAUUCACUAAAGCAAGACCAAUGUCAAACAGCCCAGCUAAAAUCUCCAAAUCUACAUCAGCCAAAGGCUGUGGAGAGGAGCCAGGUCGCCAUUACUUGGAACAGUCAUCCGGAAGGAUCGGUCAUCGACUAGGAGACAAAAGACCCACAGCAUAGCAAGCAGACAUGAAUUAUGCACGUUUUCUGUCAGUAGUGAGUGCGGCCAGACAGCCCUCACCUAUCAGAUCCAUGACUGACUUACUGAUGAGGUCUCCACCGUCAGUCAUAUCACUUGCAGGCGGAGUUCCAAAUCCAGAAACAUUUCCAUUUAAAUCAGCAACUGUGACACUGAAUGAUUCUACAAGUAUUGAGAUAGGAGGCAGUCUAAUGAAGAAAGCUCUGCAGUACUCCUCAACACCUGGUGUUCCUGAAUUAAUUUCCUGGUUGAAAGAAUUGCAGAAAAGCCUACACAAUCCACCAACGCUUACAUACAGCCCUGCCAAAGGACAAAUGGAGCUCUGUGUUACAACUGGCAGCCAGGAAGGAUUAUCUAAAGUAUUUGAAAUGCUUGUAAACCCAGAAGACAAUGUUUUGUUGGAUGCCCCAACCUAUUCUGGGACUCUAGCAGCUGUGAAACCCAUGGGGUGCAAUCUCAUUGGUGUUCCUACCGAUCAACAUGGUAUUAUCCCACAGGCUCUUAGAGAUAUUCUUUCCAGAUGGCAUCCAGGGAGACCUGAAAAGAAUCCCCCCAAAAUCCUUUACACGAUUCCAAAUGGGGGUAAUCCCACUGGAGCCUCACUUACCACUGACCGUAAAAGAGAAAUCUACCAGCUCGCACGAGAAUACGAUUUAAUUAUUGUGGAGGAUGAUCCCUAUUACUUUCUUCAGUUCAAUAAGCCUUGGGCACCUUCUUUUCUUUCAAUGGAUGUUGAUGGCCGGGUUAUUAGAGCUGACUCCAUGUCAAAGAUUCUUUCUUCAGGACUAAGGAUUGGCUUUUUAACAGGCCCUAAACCACUUAUAGACAGGAUAAUACUACACAUGCAGGUGUCAACACUACAUACAAGUGCUUUUACCCAGGUCAUGAUAUUACAGCUGCUUCAAAAGUGGGGUUUAGAAGGCUUCCUGAAACACAUUGAUAGUGUAAUAGAGUUCUACAGGACACAGCGAGAUGCCAUGCUGGCUUCUGCGGAUAAGUGGCUAACAGGUUUGGCUGAGUGGCACAGUCCGGCGGCUGGAAUGUUCCUGUGGAUCAAGAUAGAAGGAGUGCAAGAUACACAUCAGAUGAUCAUGUCAAAAGCAAUAAGCAAAGAGGUUCUUCUAGUCCCUGGCUCAGCUUUUAAUAUUGCAAGUUCAGAGGCCAGUUGUUAUGUGAGAGCGUCUUUCUCCUUGUCUACUCCAGAGCAGAUAGACCAGGGAUUACAGAGACUGGCAUCACUUAUCACUGAAGAAAGAAAAUGAAGAAAUGAUCAUAGAUUUUUCUACAGGAUAUCACAGACUCUCAGUAUAUUACACAAAGAAAAUAGGUGCUAGAAUAAUUACUCUCUUGUGCAUAAAAUGAUGGAAUCCCUAAUCUACAGAACCCGCUGCAUUGGCGCACCAGUGUUGAACAACUUUUGGAACAAUUGGGCAGAUGUAUUAAGCCUGGAGAAGUGAUAAAGU